AUGGCCCCCCGGUUUCAAAGCGUUGCUGUAAUCGGUGCUGGCCCAUCUGGCAUUUCUGCCGUCAAAGCCUUGCAAGAAGAAAAGAUUUUCCAGACGAUACGUCUAUUCGAGCGAAGAGGUCACAUUGGAGGAAUCUGGCAAUAUGAUGAGAUUCCCGAUCGCUUUCCAUCUCUCAAGUCUUUCAGUCGACAAGAUAUCGAAAUCCCAAGUCACCUUCCACUCCUCAGAUCUCCUUCUCCUGAAGAUGUGACGUCUCGCACAGGCAUCUACGAAGGACUUGACAGCAAUGUCGGUGCCAAAGUCAUGGCUUUUAGCCACACUCCGUUUCCUGAAAUAAAUUCGGCAUCGUCAACCAGACAAUUAGGGCAUUCCAACCCAACCCGGCCGUUUCGCGUGGUGAGAAAAUACUUAGAAGACGUGUUCCAAGACUACCUUCACCUUGCCUCGCUAAAUACGACAGUCGAAAAGGUUGAGAAGCGAGACCAAAAAUGGACCUUAGCACUUCGUCAGUCUGGGCACGGCGAUGGCAACACUCCCAAAGACUAUUGGUGGGAGGAGCAAUUUGAUGCUGUGAUUGUUGCAUCGGGGCAUUACAGCGUGCCUUUUGUUCCUUUUGUUCCAGGACUAGACGCUGCGUUCGCGCGCUAUCCAACCGCAUUUGAGCAUUCGAAGUCGUUCCGAACGGCAGACGAUUAUGUGGGUAAGCGCGUGGUGGUCGUUGGAGGUAGUGUCUCCUCCGCAGAUCUUGUCGCAGAUUUACAUGCCAUUGUGAAAGGUCCUCUCGAGGUAUCCCAGAGAGGGAAGAACGAGGCACUGCAAGCCGCAUGGGACCUACCUAAUGUCAAACUUAGACCAACGAUCAAAGAGAUCCAAGCAACGGAGAAAGGAAUAGAUGUUUUGUUCUCUGACAACAGCCUUUUGGAUAGUGUCGACAAAAUCAUUUUCGCCACUGGGUACAAGUUGUCUUAUCCAUUCCUUGUACCGAACCCCGUGACUCCCAACAACCGGCUGGGGGGAUUUUACCAGCAUAUUUUCAAGAUUGGAGAUCCGUCUUUGGCUCUGAUCGGCCAGGUCCGCGCUGCGCUUAGCUUCCGGGUUUAUGAAUACCAGGCCGUUGCGGUAGCCCGAUAUUUUGCCGGAAGAAACGCGGCGUCCUUGCCUACUCCACAAGAACAGGAUAUUUGGGAGGUCCAGCGCCUUCAAUAUAAAGGCCACACAGCCCUCUUCCACGAAAUCAGGCCUGAUUUCAAGGAAUACUUCAGUUUCUUGACAGAUCUAGCUGGUCCCCCAGCACCGGGAACGGAUGGUUACCCACUGCCUGUUUGGGAAGAUCGAUGGGCGGAACAAGGAUUCGAGAUUCUCCAGCUAAAGGACAAAUACUGGAAGUCACUGCGAAGGGCAGAUGGAUUAGUGGCAGUGGCAGCUAAGCUGUGA